ACUGCUAAUCAAUAGUUCAUUUUCCCGUAACUCGGCCCAACCAUCUGGAUUCUGUUAACACCUCUUUCGUUUACCCAGGAUGAAACGAGGCGUGCAAGGGAGUGAGCAGGAGGACGGAGGUGGCACCAGCGGCGGGUCUCAGGAGACUCUUAAACGCUCCCGAAAGCAGAGGAGGGAGAAGGAAGUGACGGGGGAGGGAUCCCACUGGCAGUGUCUGCCACAGGAGAUCCUGCUCCACAUCUUCCAGUACCUCCCUCUACUGGAUAGGGCUUACGCCUCUCAGGUGUGCCGGGGCUGGAACCAGGCCUUUCACAUGCCAGAGCUGUGGCGGUGCUUUGAGUUCGAGUUGAACCAGCCAGCCAGCUCCUACCUGAAGGCCACACACCCGGACCUCAUCAAACAGAUAAUCAAAAGGCACUCCAACCACCUGCAGUAUGUCAGCUUCAAGGUGGACAGCAGCAGAGAGUCUGCAGAGGCAGCAUGCGACAUCCUCUCUCAGCUUGUGAAUUGUUCUUUGAAAACAUUGGGGCUCAUUUCCACAGCCAGACCCAGCUUCAUGGAGCUGCCCAAGUCUCACUUCAUCUCAGCGCUGACGGUGGUUUUUGUCAACUCCAAAUCCCUGUCCUCCCUGAAGAUCGAUGACACACCAGUGGACGACCCCUCCCUCAAAGUCCUGGUGGCCAAUAACAGCGACACCCUCAAACUGCUGAAAAUGAGCAGUUGCCCUCAUGUUUCGCCUGCAGGAAUCCUGUGUGUGGCUGAUCAGUGCCACGGCCUGAGAGAACUGGCUCUCAACUAUCAUUUGCUGAGUGAUGAACUUCUCAUCGCUCUGUCCUCAGAGAAGCACGUUCACCUUGAGCACCUUCGCAUCGACGUGAUUAGCGAGAAUCCUGGCCAACAGUUCCACUCCAUCAAGAAGAGCAGCUGGGACGCCAUGGUGCGCCACUCUCCUAAAUUCAAUCUGGUCAUGUACUUUUUCCUUUAUGAGGAUGAGUUUGGCCCUUUCUUCCGCGAUGAAAUCCCCGUCACGCAUCUGUACUUCGGCCGCUCUGUCAGUAAAGACGUGCUGGGCCGCGUUGGGCUCACCUGCCCGCGCCUGGUGGAGCUGGUGGUGUGCGCCAACGGGCUGCGACCGCUGGACGAAGAGCUGAUCCGCAUUGCCCAGCGCUGCACGCAGCUGUCAGCCAUCGGCUUGGGAGAGUGCGAAGUGUCCUGCAGCGCUUUUGUGGAGUUUGUCAAGAUGUGUGGAGACAGACUGACACAGCUAUCCAUCAUGGAGGAUGUACUGGUUCCAGAUCACCGCUACGGGCUGGAUGAUAUCCACUGGGAGGUGUCAAAGCAUUUGGGUCGCGUGUGGUUCCCAGACAUGAUGCCAACCUGGUAGAAGAGAAGAUUUAACUUGUGUCCAGGGUAUUGUUAGACAUAUGCGUGCGUGUGUGUGUGUGUUGUGUGUGUGUGUGUGUGUGUGUGUCAUGAUUGGAGAGUUACGUUUUAUUGGGCAAGCCCCUCAUCUUUCUCCUGUUUUUGAGAAAGGCCCUGUCCCAGGCACUUUAAGUAUUUUUUUUUUCUCCCAGAGUACGUAAAGAAAUUACAUUACUUUGGAUUUUUGAUUGUUUUGUUUUUUUUUGAUUACAAAUCCGCCAUGUACACAAUUUUUAUAUUUAUAUGUAUAUUUAUAUUUACAUUUAUUUGUCUUGUUGUCACUCAUAACAUGUAGCAUCUUGUUCUCUGAGCCCUUUCUUAAGGGCUACCACCUUGCAGAUUGGUCAGAUGUUGUGUUUCGGGGGUGACACUUUUCCAUGGGAAUUAACAGUAAUUUCUCGGAAUUACUGGGAGUUAUUUCACAUACAAAUGCAUUUUAUGCCAUAUUAUGAGCGGGCAUAAGUACAAAUCCUUCUAAUAGAAAUCAGAAACCUUCCAGUUAAAGUUUAAAUUCCAAUGUAACUUGACAACCAGAUACAAUUAACAGAACAGAGAACCAUCACCACACUGAAAGUAAAAUGAGGUCUGAUGGUGUGGAAAUCUAGAAAAAGUCACAGUUAUCACCAUUAUAAGCUAAUAUGUACUUAACUGUAACGGAAGGUUACAACCCAAGUGAUGACGCAUUGUGACUGUACAAAAAUACACACUUCAAGCUUGUUAUAGACUGGGUGGUUGAUCACAAGACUAGAGUCGUGUAGGUAAUAGCACAUCAGGAUUACACGUUGAAUACAUGUGUUUUUGUUCGGUUUUGGUCUCGUGUCCUCUGCUCCUGCCUCCUGUCAUUGUGUCUCUGUGAUGUCUUUGAAUGUGUUUCUUAGUCACUGCAUCUCAUUGAAACAUGGGACUGUCAAUUUGUCUGUCCUCUAGUUUGAUGGGGACAAAGCUAAAGACAGUUCCAGCUCCCUUUUCUUUCUAAGGACAGCUAUUUGUGAAGGUAAUGCUUUUGGUCAUAAUCAUCAUAGUCUGUAUAUACUAUAUAGAUUGAAGAUAUUUUUGUGUGUAGUGUACAGUAGAUUUCUGCAUUGCCUGACCAAUGUUCCUAUUGUAAUUGUAAAUAAAUAGUAUGUUAAAUUUGUCAAAAAAUUGUGAGGGAAAAUCACAUCUCUGUACAUUUACUGAAUCCCACUGAUGCACUUUUACGCUAAUGGAGGAUCCAAGUUUAGCCAAAUGUCAUUAGGGCAUUAAAAUAAUUUAAAGUUAAACUUAAAUUAAAGUAGUUUUUUGGCAAUCUGUCAAUAAAAUGUUUAUCCUUUAAACUACCAAGGUAAUAUGUUUCACCCUUGGUAGGUGAGGCUUUUUAUGGAGUUAUUUUCUGUUCUCAAACAUUUUAUAUUCUAAUGGAAUUUGCAGAUGCAGUUGGUUCACAAUUGACACAGAAUUCUGGGAAGUAAUUAAUAGUCUGUACAAUCAAUAGUUUACAUAAGAAAGAUAUAUUCUAGCUCAGCACUUGUAAAAUAUAUUUUAUAGGUAAAUAUAAAUGCUGUUAAAGGUUUGUUACCACCAGCAAUGUUUGUAAAUGCAGCAGAGAACAAGCCCAUAUUUUCAAUUAUGAUCAGCUGACGGACACACAAAAUAGAUAUUUUCUAUCUUCAAGAAAAAUUGAUUUUCUGUAUGUGAAUUUAGCUCAACCUUGUAUGGUAACAUAAUUAAGGACUGAGGAUUUAUUUGUUAGUACAGGGCUGCACAAUUAUGACCAAUGCUGUACUUUUUGCAAUAAAGAUUUUUACAACUCAAAUUGAUGGUGGUCCAUUAUAUUUAGUUCUCGAUCACGUACAUCUAUUGCAUGAAAACAUUGCCGCAGAAGCUCCUGUGCUUAUUUGGACGGAUGAUUGGAUCAUUGCAUCAUCAAUGUAACUGAUAAAAAUAUAAAAAUCAUGAUGUCAGUGAGGUAGUUGUGCAGCCCUGAAGACCAGACAGUGUGGCAGCUGAAUGUUGAUGUAACUGAAUGUGUAAGAUUGAAAUAUUCAUGUCUCACUA